AUGUUCUUUCUUUUCAUUUCCUCCAGCCCAAUUUUUCAGGAUUUUUUUUGCCUCUUUUCUUUUUAUUUUUGUCUCUUUUCUUUUUAUUUUUGUCUCUUUUCUUUUUAUUUUUGUCUCUUUUCUUUUUAUUUUGUCUCUUGUUAUUUUUUUUCUUUAUUUUUUCUCUCUUCCUUAUUUUUUUGUCUCUCCCUUAUUUUUUUGUCUCUCUUCUUUAUUUUUGUCUCUCUACUUUAUUUUGUCUAUUUUGUCUCUUGUUAUUUUUCUUUAUUUUUUGUCCUUUCCUUAUUUCUUCUCUCUUCCUUAUUUCUUCUCUUUAUUUUGUCUGUCUCUCUUUUUUAUUUUUCUCUUUUUUAUUUUUCUCUCUUUUUUAUUUUUCUCUUUUUUAUUUUUCUCUCUUUUUUAUUUUUCUCUCUUUUUUUAUUUUUGUCUCUCUUUUUUUAUUUUUGUCUCUCUUUUUUUAUUUUUGUCUCUCUUUUUUUUAUUUUUGUCUCUCUUUUUUUUAUUUUUGUCUCUCUUUUUUUUAUUUUUGUCUCUCUACUUAAUUUUGUCUAUUUUGUCUCUUGUUAUAUUUUCUCUGUACCUUAUUUUUUCCCUCUUCCUUAUUUUUUCUCUCUUCCUUAUUUUUUCUUUUUAUUUUUGUCUCUCUUCUUUUUAUUUUUGUCUAUUUUGUCUCUUGUUAUUUUUUUCCUUAUUUCUUCUCCCUUCCUUAUUUCUUCUCCCUUCCUUAUUUCUUCUCCCUUCCUUAUUUCUUCUCCCUUCCUUAUUUCUUCUCCCUUCCUUAUUUCUUCUCUAGUUAUUUUUUUUUUUAUUUUUUCUUUUAUUUUUGUCUCUCUUUUAUUUUGUCUCUCUUCUUUUAUUUUUGUCUUUAUUUUUGUCUUUAUUUUUUCGCUCUUCUUUAUUUUUUCUCUCUACUUUAUUUUGUCUCUAGUUAUUUUUUCUUUAUUUUUUUCUCUCUUUAUUUUGUCUCUCUACUUUAUUUUGUCAGUCUCUCUUCAUUUUGUCUCUUUUCUUUUUGUUUUUGUUUCUCUUCUUUCUUUUGUCUCUAUUUUGUCUUGUCUUUAUUUUGUCUCUUGCUAUUUUUUAUUCUUUUUCUUUUGUUUUUUUUUUUUCUUUUCUUUCUUCUUUUUGUUUUUCUCUUUUUUCUUUUUUUUUUUCUUCUUCUUCUUUUUUUUAUUUUUUCUCUCUUCUUCUUUUUAUUUUUUCUCUCUUCUUCUUUUUAUUUUUUCUCUCUUCUUCUUUUUAUUUUUUCUCUCUUCUUCUUUUUAUUUUUUCUCUCUUCUUCUUUUUAUUUUUUCUCUCUUCUUCUUUUUAUUUUUUCUCUCUUCUUCUUUUUAUUUUUUCUCUCUUCUUCUUUUUAUUUUUUCUCUCUUCUUCUUUUUAUUUUUUCUCUCUUCUUCUUUUUAUUUUUUCUCUCUACUUUAUUUUGUCUCUUUUUAA